AUGCUGAAGUUUGUCUGCCUACUUGCCCUGGUGGCUUUGGUCAGCGCCGCACCACAAAUCAGACCAGGGUUUCAGCCUGCGCUACCGGGACAGUUUGCUGGGGUUCAACAACCUGCUCCGCUCCCCGUACGACGUGUGCGUAACGUGGACGCCCCCGAGGUAAAGAAAGUGAUGGAAGAAACCAACGCUUCGGAUGCUGUCUCGAUCGAUGCUGAAAAUAAGGACGAUAUGGAUAAGGCUGAAACGUUCGGGUUCGGAUAUCAUCACUAUUAUCCUUCCUAUGGAUAUGGCGGUUAUGGCGGUUAUGGCGGAUAUGGUGGAUAUGGCGGAUAUGGCGGAUAUGGCGGAUAUGGAGGCUAUGGAUACAGCGCAUAUCCCAGUUAUGGCUACGGAUAUGGUGGAUAUGGUGGAUAUGGUGGAUACGGCAGUUAUGGCUACCCCGGCUACGCCUACAACUACGGUUAUCCGUGCUAA